AUGCCUAUACUAUUUAUUUUUACUUUAUGUUACUUUUUAUGUGAUUUUUGUGAUACUAUUAAAUUAAGAAAAAACGUAAAAAAUAUAGCAUACAUAAAUGAAAAUGAUUUAAUAUCAUAUGUUUCCAAUAAUAAAUAUAACUACCUUUUUGUUAAUAACAAUGGUUCAAGAAUAAAACAAAAUUAUAAUAAAAAUAAAUUAUUUUUAAAUAUAAAAGAUUCCAAUAAAAAUGUAAUGAAAAUUGAAAAAUUUCGAAAUAGUAACGGAAACGAGUUUUUAUUUACAAAAUUAUUGAUUAAUAAUGAAGAAAAUAAAUUUGUAGUAGAUUUAUGUAGUGAUAAUAGUUUUAUUUUUGAGAAAAAAAUAAAAUUUGUAAAAAAUGAGAAAGGAGAUGAUAGUAAAGAGUAUAUGUGCUUAAAUUAUAAUAAUGAAAAUAUACAAAAUACAAAAGAAGAAAUAUAUUUAAAUAAUAGGAAAAUAACUGCAGAGAAAUUUAUAAAUAUAAAAUUUAGUACAAAGGAAUUUCAUUUUUAUAUAAUAAAUAAUGAAGAAUUAAGUAAGCAUUUUGAUGGAAUAAUAGGUUUUGAUUUUUUCAAAAAUUUUGACAGUUUUGUAUUAGAUACAAUAAAUAUGAAUAUAUUGUUGAAUGAAAAUAAUUAUUCUUAUAAUAAAGAGUAUUUUUAUGAAACUAAGUUACAUGACUACUUUAAUAAUAUUAAAUAUAUUAAUGUAAAUGUGAAUGAUCAUUUGUAUAGAGGUAUACUAGAUACAGGUAGUGCACAUACAAUAAUAAUCAAUAGUAAUAAAUUAUUUGAAACAAGUAAUGAAGGCAAUAUAACAAUUGAAAAUUUAUUAAAAAAUAAAUAUAAAGUGCAAAAAGUUUAUUUAAAUAAAUUUGAUCUUAUAUCAAGAGAAAACGAGUUUAUUCCAAUCAGUUUAAAAACAGUUUAUAAAGGCUAUCUAGAGUAUUUAGAUAGUAAUAUUGUUUUAUUAGGUUUAGACUUUUUAUUAAAUAAGAAAUUUAUCUUUGACAUAAAAAAUAAUUCCCUUUAUAUUUCAAAUAGUUCUUUUAGUUCCUUUUCUGAAAAUGAAAAUAAUAUUUCUAAAUAUAAAGAACAAUUAGAAAAUUAUGUAGAUAAAAAAGAACAAAAUCAAUUUAUUAAUAAAAAAAUAGAUGAAUAUCUUGUUGAACAAGAGUGUCAAAAUAUUUACGAAAAAUUGAGAAAAAAAGAAUUAAGUUUUUUAAAAAUAACAAAAGAGUUAGAGAACGAGAAUAUUUAUAUAAAAGAUUGUAAAAGUACAAAUGAUGUAAUAAAAAAGUAUGCUAUUAAAUUAUUAUAUGGAUCUAAUUAUUUAAAAAAAAAUGAUAAAAAUAAAGAAUUCAAUACAAGAUAUAAUGAAAUGAUUAAUUUUUUUAAAAAAUUAAGUAAUGAAGAAAAACAGAAUAUGCUAAAUAAAAUUAUUAAUAUAAUAAAAAAAGACAAAAAUGAUUAUGAAAAAGCAUCUGAAAUAAUAGAAGAAUUUGUUAAUUAUGAAAUAAGUAACAAUUUAUAUUCUUUGCAUAAAUUUAAAUCAAAUAAUGUAAAUAAAAAUAAUGAAAAAGCUCUAAAUGAAGAAUACAACAAUUUAUAUAACUAUUACACUUCUCAUCCUGAUUACAGUUUUGAAAUUUUAAAUGAUUUUAAAAAAGAACUGUCAUCGAAAAAAAUUGGCUUUAAUGAUUGUGAAGAUGAAAAAGAUAUUAUAAAAAGAAUAGCGGAAUCAAGAGUAUAUAAUAUCAAUAAAGAAAAUAAAAAUAAAAACAAAAAUACAAAAAGAAAUAUAAUUGUAAGAAGAUACUCAAAUGAUGAUAAUAAUGUUCAUACACAAAUAAUAAUCAGAAGAAAUGGCAUAAAUCCAAGUGAUUCUUCAGAUGGUAAUGAUGAUGAAAAUGGAUAUCAAUAUGAUAAUUUGGAUAAAGUGGAUGACUUAUUCCCAAAUUCAAUAUUCUCAGGUAUUUUUAGAAACUUUUUUGGUGAUAACAGAAAUGAAUCUAAUGAAGAAAAUAACGAAGAAAAUCAAAAUGAUUUGUUUUCUGAACUAAAUAAUUUUUUUGGGUUCGGUAAUAUGGGAGAUAAUAUGUUUAGAAAAAAAAAAAAAAGUGUAUUAGGAUUUAAAACUAAAGAACCAGAACAUAAGAAUGAAAAUAAAGAUGACACAGAUAUUUUAUCAAAAGCAAUUAAAGAAGAAAAAGAUGUUGAUAUAAUUUAUCUUUUAAAUAAAGUACAAAAAUUAAAUGAUAUCAAUUUAAAAAAUUUUAUAUUGCAAUCAUUAAAAAAUGAAAAUAUAAGAAAAAUUUUAGUUGAUGCUGUUAAAAAUGGUUAUAAUAAUACUUACGAGGAAUGCAAACAGCAAAAUGAUAAUAAAAGUAUGUAUUUAUUACAAAUGCUAAAACAGUCUGGAAUCUUUUAA